AUGCUCGUCAAUGGAACACGCAAAGGUUGCUUGAGAAGCAUCAAACUCCCAAGUCUUUCUUCCGUCGUUGGUUGUUUUCACAACCUUUACAAAAGUGUCUCGGAGAUGAACGUUGAUAACUUUGAGAGUCAAGCUUGUAAAGAUUUGUUGCUGCAUCCACGGAGUGUCAAGGAGAGCCAUUGCAGGAAGCUGAAGCUGAACCUAGACGAUACCAAAGCGACCGGGUUCUUCCUCUGCCAAUAUUUCACGUCUACUGAGUCAUGCUGUAAGUUUUUCAGCAAUAUUAGUACCACAAUCUGUCGUUGUGGAAACCAGAUGAGUUACGCGGUUCAGGUUCAAGAAGGCGAUCAAGCUAAUGGCACUUCUGGAAGCCAAGGUGAUGGAGUGUUCCCAAGUUGCAGAACGUCAUUUAUCAUCACUGAUGAUCUGAAAGUGGGCUUGAACUCUAUGGGUCUUGUAUUGAAUGUCCUUAAUGGUCUUGGCUAUCCUGGUUUUGACAAGCUGCAAGAAAUGCUUAUUGAUGUUGGUCUUGAAGAGGUGCUAACUUUGCUAGGGUGUCUAUUCUCUUCCGAAACUCCGUUGACAGACACAUUCCUGAAGAAACAUUGUAUGGCAAGGAAGCGCAAAAUGUUGACCCCUCUUGUCCAAGAAAAUUGUGCUGAAGGAGAUGCAGACAACACUCUAACUUUGAAAGUGUAUGUUCGGAAGACAGACAAGGCAAUUCUUUAUGCUGAGUGCAGAGAAGACUUUGUUGAUUUUCUUUUCAGUUUUCUUGCCAUACCGCUUGAGUUUGCUUGGGAGCAUUCUAUUGGCAAUCUGAAUAUGGGCUGCGUUGGAAAUCUGUGCAGAAGCGUGAAAGAUUUGAGCUUUGAGAAUCAGAAGGAAGCCACUGUUUCGAAAUGCAUGCUUCCUCAUCAGUAUAAUUUCAGGGGACAACUGCUUGAUAUUGUCAUCCAGGAGGGUGUUACAGAAUUUGAAGGUUUGCUGCCCCGCAACGGAUAUUCAGGCUCAUACAAGUUUGCCAGAAAGAUUAAGAAAGAUGUGCUCUCGAAUGGUGAAAGGAUUGUGAAGUUCACUCCAGUGGAUCCGAAAUCUGUUUCCGGUGGGGUUGGAUUUGUGAAAGGAGAAACAAAUUAA